AUGGACAUGUCCGUUUUGGUGAUGACCAGUGGGGCCGUGUUGCUGGCGAUCCACUGUUGGAUUUUUGGCUCUGAAAUGGUCUCUAUCCUGCGUCGUACGGCCAAUGCCGUGCUGCAUGGGCUGGAUGGACAAUCAAACGAACGCUUGGAAGCGGCUCUAUGGGAUGCACGAAUCAAACAAUAUCGUUCCUCUUGCCGGGCUUGUGUGCACAUUUCCGCCACGUGCAUCCUGGGCCAAAUACUCCAUCUGCGUUGGAACCAGAACGCGCACUCACACUGGCCCAUCACCGUUUCCAUGUUUGCUUGGGUCAUGCAUGUAGCAUUCAGUGCCAACAUCGUGCCUUUGAACCAAAUCACAUCGAGAUUCCUGCUGUUUGCGAUGCAUGUCAUGAUGGCUCUUGCGCUCCAUGGCCAUCGAGGUGAUUGUCAGAACGAGCUGAUCCUCACAGCCGUUUGGGUUGCUAUCCGCUUCGCCAUUGCCUUGAUGUUUGUCGACUUGCAAAUCUGUGUUCCUGGUCAAGCUCUGUUGAGCGCGGUGGAGAUAUGGAAGGCCUGGAAACUUGAUCCAUUUUCUGUACAUGUCACUCUUCUUCAGCAGCUGACCAUCUUGGCUUUUAUCGUCGUCCUGGCGGGCAUCAUGGAAUUCAACGACCGCUCCCGCAUUGCUCUCCUGACGAAUUCAGAGUCGAUGGUGCUGAGUUUUCGAAGGGUGCUCCGUGGGGUCUGUGAUGGGGAAGUCCUGCUAGACAGCAAGCUGCGAAUCUCUGGCAACGCUGCCUGCCUGCAGACUUUGCUCAUGACCCCCAACUCAGAUUUUUCCAACCGGAAGUUCGAUGAGUUGUUGGUUGAAGAUGAGCAUGAGCGCUUUCAAGGCUUUAUGUCUGAGCCAGUAGCAUCCAGCAGCGCCCCUCCUUGCUUGCGAGUGUCGCUGAAGACUGGGAUAUUGGGAUCCUCUACAUGCCUCCGACUGGGUGUUGACCUCUUCCAUGUGCCGCUGAUGUUAGGUGAAGAAACCUAUCACCUGCUUGCCCUGAAGCAAGACAGCGACGCAAGCUCUACAAGCCUCGUCAGGGCUGCAGAGAGAGGGUGGAACCACCCAGACCUGAAGAAUCUUCAGUCCAAAACUAGGACCAAAAGCAGAGCAUCUUCCGAGUCCUCCGCCUCACGUGGCAGAUCUCUUCUGCACAUUUGUAGCGAGUUGGAUGAGAUGACCUUGCUGGUUGAUGCGACCACAGCACGACUAGAUGUGGAGCAAGCUCAUUUGAGCUUUUCCCGUCGACCACACAGUGACACCAUGCCCAGUCUACGGCGUAUGGUGCAGCCAACAGCUUGGGGCUCCAUCCAUCCUCAGCUGCUUGCGCUUGCGGAAAGCCGCCCUGCAGAAAAUCAAGGAGAAGCCCUAAGAACCAAGUUGAGAUUGCAGAACGAACGCCAUGAUUCUGUGGAAGCACGAGUGGAGGUUUCCGUCUUUCAUCCACACCAAGCUACAGGCACGUGCGGCAAACUCUGUUUGAAACUUUGCAACUUCAAGAAAUCGUCGCUGAAGCCAAUGUCCAGUGGGUUGCAAGGCGUCGCUGAAGGGGGUCAAUCUGAAGGCUCUGAUGGUGAAGCGUCAGCGUCUACAUGCCGGUAG